AUGGCUAUGCUCAAGUCACUUCACAUCAACAUUCCAUUCCUUGAAGCCAUGACUCAAAUGCCACCCUAUGCAAAAUUCCUCAAGGAACUCCUCUCCAACAAAAAGAAGCUAAGUGAUGAGUGUAUCACUCUUCCUCAUCAAGUUAGUGCCCUAGUGCAAAGAACCUUGCCUACCAAGCAAUGUGAUCCGGGAAGCUUCACUCUUCCGGUCAAGAUUGGUGAUAUGGAGACCACGGGUGCACUAGCCGAUCUUGGGGCAAGUGUGAGCCUCAUUCCACUAUCCAUUGCAAAGAAGCUCAAGUUCGAGAUGAUACCUUCAAGAAAGGUGAUUCAAUUAGCCGACCGGUCCACAAAAUUCCCAUGCGGUGAGUUAGAAGACGUUCCUAUCAAGAUUGGGAAUUUGUUUGUGCCUUGCGAUUUUGUGGUGAUGGAUAUGGAGGAGGACCCUCAUACUCCUCUUAUCCUUGGAAGAGAGGCACUCAAGACCAUGGGAGCGGUCGUCAAUUGCAAAGAUAAUACCAUUACAUGUGAGGUGGCCAAUGAGAAGUACAAGUUUGAAUUCUCAAAGACUUUGAAGCAACCUAUGGUAGAGAAGAUUUGGCGGGUGGACUUUGGUGGACUCCGAACUUGA